AUAAAUCUCUUGGAACAUGUUCCUCUGCUCCAGUAGCCAGCCACCCGCUGUAGAAGCCGGAAGUGGACGAUUCCAUAGCUGGACACGUCGCUACAUGAGACGUAUUAAGCUGUCAGGCGUGUCGAGCGGCUCAGCAUGAACGGUGUGAAAGUGACGCCGCAGCGCGAAGGGUUUCCCCCUCCCCAAGAUGCGCCCCUGCCGGCCCAGGACGUGGCGCAGGUCCGGCUCCUGAUCUCGGUGGCGGUGGCCGUGUUCGUCGUCUUGGUUCUGGUACUUUGGAAAGUUUUCCAAGCAAGAAAGAGCAGUCGGACAGCAGUGCUUCUGGCUGGUCUGUGUGACUCAGGAAAAACUCUUCUAUUUGUUAGGCUCUUAACAGGAAAUUUCCGAAAUACUCAGACUUCCAUAACAGAUGGUUCUGCCUCAUACAGAAUAAAAAAUGACAAGAAUAGGAAUGUGACUUUAAUUGACCUUCCUGGCCAUGAGAGCUUGAGACUUCAGUUCCUGGAUAGGUUCAAGACUGCAGCUAGGGCAAUUGUGUUUGUUGUGGAUAGUGUAGCUUUCCAACGGGAGAUGAAAGACGUGGCAGAAUUUCUGUACCAGCUCCUGACUGAUAACACAAUUCUGAAAAAUGCACCUCCCCUCUUAAUAGCCUGCAACAAACAAGAUGUUACAAUGGCAAAAUCUUCUAAGCUCAUACAACAGCAACUGGAAAGAGAACUUAAUACCUUACGAGUGACCCUCUCUGCUGCCCCAAGUACCAUGGAUAGUUCAAACUCGGGAUCUGUCAUUCAGCUUGGGAAGAAGGGAAAGGAGUUCGACUUCUCUCAGCUGCCCAUGAAAGUUGAAUUUAUUGAAUGUAGUGCCAGAGGAAACAAGGGAGAGGAGGGUAGUGCUGACAUCAAUGACUUGGAAAAAUGGCUAGCAAAAAUUGCCUGAGAAUAAGAAGGUGGCAAAGAACAAGCCUUGGGAAGAGUAGGUAUUGGAAUGAGGCAUGCAAUUUAAUAGAGCAAGAACUUGAGUUUUAAAUAGUAGUUUGGCUAGGAAAAGAUGCACACUUGGAGCUUGUAGCAAUGGUGAGGACAUGCUCAGGGAAGUUUUUACUUUCUGUUCAUUGUUCACAGAAAGGCUCUGCUGAAGUAGCCUUGUUCUUUAAAUAUAGCCUAGCAAAGAGUAGCCCCUUUUCUGCUUCCUAUUCUCAUUGUUGCAGGUAAUUUUCCUACUCUAUUUUAGGAAAAGAUCCCUUAAAAAGGAGAAUCCUUGUUACACAAAAGUCUCAAGAUGAAAAGGAACAUUUCUAGAUAUUCCUAGAUUCAAAUUCCUUUGCUUCUGUUUUCCUUCCAAUACUCUUUUCAUCUGAAAUGCUUGAGAUCCACGUCAAUUUGUUAUUUUAUCCUUUCAUUCUCUAAAAAGUUUUAUAACACUCUGGAAUGAGUAGAAUUUACUAUUGUAACUAUAGUAAUGUGGCUUCUUAAAAAAAGUAAUAGAUAACUACUUCCAAUGUUUUGUGCAAUGCCUAGCAAUGUGGCCAUCCUAUCACUUGAUAUAUGUUGUCUGAAUAAUUGGUACACAUUAGAAAAUCUCAACUAACUUCCUUCCUUCCUUCCUUCCUUCCUUCCUUCCUUCCUUCCUUCCUUCCUUCCUGAUGUUAUUUCAGCUGUGCUUCUAAAAAGAAACAUCACUAUUUGUCUGAUACACAUUUGGUUGGAUUACUAACUUCUUAGCAAAUCUUAAAUGUUAUAGCAUCUUCAUGGAAAGAGAGUGCCAAGUUUGUAAAUCUACUAAAAUGUAACAUGCUACCUUCUGAACAUAUUACAUUUUAGUAGAUUUAAAACUUCCAUUACUGCUUUAAGACGUGUCAUUUCCAUCAGCUCUUGAAAGAUGUUUCUCCUGUAGAAUGUUCAAUGUUCAAGAGAAGUAGUAACCAUUAGAACUGUGUACCUGUGGUUCUCUAUCAAAUAAGAUGUAACUGUUCUCACUUAUAUUCUUGUUUCACAGUGUAUUUUAUGCCAUGCUUUUUACAGCAGAAAUAGGUAACUUAGAAUUUUUUUAGUGUGUCACAAGCUGGACUUGAUACUUUUUCUAGAUGAGUUGCAUUUCCCAAAGUGUUGUCUGUAAAAAAAAGUAAUACCUACACAGAAAACAUUUCGAAUUAUUGUUUUGAAUGCUUAAUGUACAUCUCUUCUGUCCUGUACUUGUUACUAAAGACCAAGUUCUAUUAAAUUGUUUUUCUUAAAUUGUAUGAAUUAGUCCCUAAGAUUUAUGUAUAUCCCACAAAAAUCUGUUCAGUAUUAGUAGCUUCAUGAUUUGCUCCGAAGUUUAGACUUAGAAAUAGCUUUUUGUGCUUGAGUGACUUGCAAAUAGAACAUCAGGGCCAUGAUUUUAAACUAUGUUUGAGCUUAGGAAUGGAGUUGUGCUCUCUUGCUUUUAUUUCAUAAGCUUUUUGCCAAAUCCAGAAUAAAAGUGGUAAAUAAAUCAUGUCAGAGUUCAUGAGAACUCUGCUUGCCAUGAGGCCCACGGCCCACAUUGUCUUUGAACAAGCUGCAAAGGUGUAGAAACCCACACAUUUUACAUUGUUAUUUAUGUCUACAAAUAAAGAUAUAUUUGCCUAACAUGCCUCUGAUUUUCUCAGUCACAUUUUCUUUAAAUAGAACGUGUGAAUGCAUUGUUCGGAGUGCAUGUUUAAACAUGGUUAUUUUUGCUUGUGAAAGGCUUACAACUCUUGCUACAAAAUUCUAUAGGGUUAAAAGAUGUAUUUUAACAGGAGUUACUGUACAUUUUUUUGUACUUCAGUUCUAAAUUGUAAUUGGGGAGGGAAGCAACAGUGAUGUUGUAGAACUUAAUUUGUUAUAGGAUGUAAACGUUCAUUCCUGGAGCGGUGUCAAAUUGUAGCAUGUAAAAAAUUAUAUCAUGGUUACAAGCAACAUUAAAACCUGUCUACUGCAGGGUGUUGGGUUUAAAGACAGCCCUUCAGGUUUGAGAAAUGCUGGAUUACAUGUGAGAAUACAAAUGCUAUAUAUGAAGCAAUAAAAAUACCCUAUAUAUAUUUUAAUGUGAAUUUACAAAGACAGAAUUACAAGGCACAGAUAUGUGGAAACAGCAUUUUAUGAAAGAUAUAUAUGUUGUCUGCUUCUGUAUUUAAGUAAUUGCUGGAAUAAAAGUAAAUAAAAAUCUUUUCCUAUUGCAAUAGGAAA